AUGCCUUGGGACAAUGGCUUUGCUUCCCAUUGCUUUGGGCGGCAGGUCAUCGCCCUGUUGCUGGACUGGCUGCUGAUGGGCCGCUCUCCAGGUCGGGGUGGAGCCGCUGCCACGACCCUCACUUUGGCGGGGGCACUGCUGGUGACCCAGCCACCGUUCCUCUUCGGCGACCACACGAAACCUCAACCUCACCACGGCGCAGCAGCAGCAGUUGCAGCCUCCGGCGAUGGCAACGUGGGUGGCGGCAGUGACGGCACCGAUGGCGGUCUGAGCUCUGUAGGUGUGGCUCUGGCGCUGUUGGCUGCCGCGGCCAACGCAUCUGGCUUCCUGACCAUCAACUUGCUCCGCGGGCAGCAGCACCCGCUGGUGCUGACCUGGUGGUACAACCUGGUGCUCGCGGUGGUGACCGCAGCUCCCCUGGCGCUGCGGUGGCCUCGGGCGCCGGUCCCGCCUCCAGGCCGCCGGGAGGCGCUGCUGCUGGUGGCGGUGGGCACCACCCAGCUGGCGGCGCAGCUGUGUCUGAACCGGGGGUUUCAGUUGGAGCCACCGGGGCGGGGUGCAGCCAUCAAUGUGCUUCAGGUGCUCUUCAGCUUCAUUCUGGAUGUGGCUGUACUGGGCAACAAGCCCUCCCUGCUCAGUGUGGGCGGCUCGUCCCUGGUGGCGGCGGGGGUGCUCUUCGUGGCCAUGUCCAGCCCCAGCAAGCGCGCCAGCGACAACAAGCAUGGACACAAGCUAGGUGGUGGUGAAGCCGCCACUGUCGAGCCAGUGACGCCGAGUGGUGACAGGGAAGCUGGAGCUGGCGGGCAGGGUGACGGGCGGCGUGUCGAAGCGGAUGCUGUGGCGGUCGUGGUGACCGGCCCACGGGUUGGGGACUCCGAGCUCAGGGCCCCGUUGCUAUCCGCUGAUCCCGAACCUGAUGACGCCUGCACCAGCCUGACGGUCAAGCUCCUCGGGGACGAGGUCCCCACCUUUCAAGUGGUCUUUGUGCCGGGACUCAUCUGCUUCUUGGCAACCAGCGUUGCGGUCAAGCUGAAUGGAUUGAACGUCCGCAGCAAAUCUUGGCGCAUCGCCGGACUCACCCUGCUGCGCGGCGCGCUGGGAGCCACCAGUAUCACGUGUUUCUAUCUCGCGAUCGAGGUUCUGCCUCUCCAAGAUGCGGUAACGCUCUUCUUCUGCAGCCCCGUCGUGGCCUGUCUCCUGGAGUUCGCCGUGACCGGGGAGUCGCAGGGCUGGGCCUGCGCCGCCGCGACCGUGUGCACCGUGGCGGGGGUGGUGCUGGUGGCGCAGCCGCCCUGCAUAUUCAGCCACCACGAGCAACACCACACACACCAACACCACCAUCAAAAUCAAGGAGGAGGAGGAGAUGCGGGCAGCGGCGGCGGCAGCGGCGGCAGCGGCGGCGACGGAGCACCUUCUGGGUUUGUUCAGGGCUUGCUGGGCGGGAGCGGGACUUACCCGGCCGUUGCGUCAUCGUUUCCGAUGGGGUCAGGCUCCGAGACCAUCGCAGCGGGCGGAGCGGCGUUGGCGACGGUAGCCGCCAUCACCAAUGCGGCUGCUUUUGUUGUCAUCCGGGUGCUCAGGAGGUCCCAGAGCACAUUGGUGCUGACCUGGUGGUACCACGGAGUGGUGGUGGUGUUCUCCGCCACCGCUCUGACGCUGGGCUACCCGGCCAGUCCCGUGCUGCCCACUCGACGCGGCUGCGGACUGCUGGUGGUGGUGGGCCUUACGCAGCUGCUGGGUCAGCUGCUGCUGAACCGGGGCUUCCAGCUGGAGUCAGCGACCCGCGGGUCGGCCAUCAAUGUGUUGCAGGUGCUGUUCAGCUUCGUGUGGGACGUGGCGGUCCUGGGUGACCAGCCGGCGCUAGUGAGCGUGGCGGGGUCGUCCCUGGUGGCGGCGGGAGUGGUGUUCAUGGCGCUGACAGCGACUUAG